AUGGGGUCAUAUGUUGAUAAUGUGCUUUGUGAUGUUGUUCCUAUGGAUGCAUGUCAAUUAUUGUUGGGUAGAUCUUGGAUGUUUGACAGGGAGGUGUUGUACCUUGGGAAACAAAAUGUUUAUUCUCUUUUGUUUAACAAGAAAAAAAUAAUUUUAGAACCUUUGACCAGAGAACAAAUACACAAACUCCAUAAAAAGCCCAAAAAAGAGAAUAUGUUUGCCACUGAAGGUGAAGUUUUGAGGGAAAUUAGAGAUGGCAGUAAGUUGUAUAUUAUCUUAAUGAAAGAGGUGGAGUCAAAAGAAGGGGAGAACACCUCAAAUCCCUUCUUAAAACCUUUAUUAGAAGAGUAUAAGGAUGUGUUUCCUAUUGAUUUACCUCCUGACUUACCUCCAUUACGUGGGAUUGAACAUCAAAUUGACCUUAUUCUUGGUUCUCAACUUCCUAACAAACCAACCUAUAUGUGCAAUCCCGAGGAGACUAAAGAAUUACAAAGACAAAUUGAAGAGUUGAUGGGGAGAGGUUAUGUGUGA